AUGACGUCCUAUGAGGACAGUGUCUUGGGCCAUGCCUACCGCACUCUGUUGCGCAUUGGUUUGCCCGCCUAUACCAUGCACUUCAAAAGUCCGACAUAUAUGCGCGAGUCCAUGCUGGAGAGACUGGACAGGACCGUGUGCAAAGCUAUACUCAAGGAUUCUGCUCAGCUGCCUGAAGUCAGGGAAGGCCUAGGCACCAACGACAACGUCUGGAAAGACAUGGUUACCUUGUUUCGCGCCGCCAUCCCCUCGCUCGAACGCCGCUCUUUUGCCGUCUGGGAUCCUUCCGCCGUCGAUUACGAAUCUACUUCUGGUGCCCUCAUCGCUCAAAACUACCCUGGAUUGUGGAAAGAUUUGGAGAGACUCAACGAUCUGGUCUCGAUACUGCGCAACACUUUGACUAUCGGAGAGAGGGCUCAGGACUUGGCUGCUGAGUGUACCUUCGACCAAGAAAUAUUCAGACUGAUCAACUGCUGCGUGCGAGUCACGGCAAGGGGUUUCGAUGGUGAUGCUGGUACUGGUGAUGAGGAGAAAUGGCAGUGGAUUGUGAAUGCCUACAAGAAGUUGCUCAUAACAUCUCUACAAUUUUUGAACAACUUGGUCGCUCGCAACGAACGGAGGAAGCUGAUGCUAUGGGUUGCUCUGUUCGAUAACUCUACAGAAGGCAUUCUGGCCGAAGACACCGACGACACUGCUGGAGGCCAGACUGCACUCGGCGACAUGCCCAAGCCACCCGUCUCUACUGGCGACAUUCUGGUAGCCCUCGGAGAAACGAGCAGGGCCACUUACGACGCUGCACAAGACGCCCUGCAUGCAAAACGACUACUUGCAAACAAGGACCAGAUGAAACCACCUUCGAGGCCCGUCUCUGGUUAUGUGCUGUUUGUUAGGCAACAUCAGGCAGAGACCAGAGAGGCCCUGGGCCCAACCGCGACUCCGGACAGCGUCGCAAAAGCACUUUCCGCAAGGUGGAGUAUUCUGUCGGACAAGGAGAAGACGACUUUCAACAAACAGUACGAUGUCCUGGCGCAACAGUAUGAAAAGGAAAUGGCCGCUUACCAAGAUGCCCGACGUCUUGCACAAGCAGAAAAGGACAAGUCUGACCGAGCACACGCCAAUCAAGUUGCUGCACGCAUCGCCUCCAUCGAGGAGCAGCUUGGUGAUCGUAUGAAGCCCGAAGGCACCAAAGUCGCCCCUAUGGAACCUCCGGUGUACAACGCAGAUGGAGCCAUCGCAUUCCCGGACGAGAAGACUUCCACAGGACCUAGACCGGUGGCCGAGGACGACUACAAGAUGAUGUUUACCGCCUCAGCAGGCGCAAAGAUCCUUGAGAGCGGCAAAUCGGAACUCAUGAAACGACUAGAGAACUAUCCUCUUCCACCACAACAAACUCAGAUUGCAAGUCCAGCAUCACCAAUCGCUUCUCCGUCCUCACCGGUAUAUGAGAAUCGAACGGACGAGGAUGAUGUGGGCUUGGACGAAGAAAGUGAGGAAGAAGAGAGCGAAGACGAAGAUGAGUAUCCUGGUUCCAGCGAGGAUGGACGCGGCCUCUUGACAGAUGUUCCCCUAAUCCUAGGACCGUCUGAAAUCGAAGUCUUACCCAUGAUUGUCAUGUCUGGAAUCGUCCCACCCGCGAAAUCUACACAAGCUGGAACGACAACUGAGGAAACCAACGCAAUCGUCAAUAUGCAUACAGUCAGAUGUCAUCUACUACUGGCUCAAGACAAUGGGAAGAACUUGUUGAGAGAGCUUCUGAUAUUCGUCGCUGCUUGGGAUCUGCGAGAGGAAGAGCUCUACUUCAAAUUCAUGGUCAAGAUCAUGGAGGCGAUCUUGGUCAAUGGCUUGAUGCCUUAUGCAUACCACGCUUUCCGGGACAAGUCCAGAUCCAAAGACAUCAUUUCCCCAGCUCAAGCGGUCAUCAUGAAGCUGCUCACAAACAUCUUUAGAGCAAGAGCUGAGGCGUCCAAGACGAACCCACAACCCAGUGAUUCGUAUCCGUUGAGAGUUGAUGUGCACAUCGUCAACUUCAUCUUCACCGAGUUCCGCCAGCACAUCAUCCCGCAAACAUGCGCGCUCAUCUUCCUGCAAGGCAAGAUUCACCAGAAUUUGGCCUCUCCAGAAGAUUUCCCGCUCAACUUGUGGGACAUGGAACGUAUGUACGAAGGCGUGUACCAAUAUCUCGAAUUCUUUGCGGUGCUCACUGAAGAGAGCAUCUGGAAGGAUGUCAUGGCACAGUGGGAAGUCGCGAGUGAGCUUGUGACAUUGCUGAAGGAGCUCGAAGCUGCGAUCCCUAAACUUGGACCCGGAGGCACAUCACACGGACCCAUUCCCAGACGCCCAGCUCCCCAUCAACAGAAUCACAACUACCAGCCGCCAGCCCACAACUACCCACCUCCGCCAGCACCGCCGCAGAACCUCAAGCCCUUGCCGAUCAGCGUGGAGCGACCAUUCGAUCUGUCUCCAGAUCUCGCCAACACUCUUCCUCCCCUCCCCGUCCCACCAACAGACGCCAGCGCCCAACCGCCCAACACCACAAUCUUCGAAGCCGAGACGCCCUUGGCCUACCCCGAGGACCCCCAAGACGAGCCCUCCGACUUCGAAUGGCGCAACCUCAAGAAACUCACCGUCCUCGUGCUCUCCUCGCUAAUUUGGAAGAACCGCAAAGUGCAAGAUCAAGUACGCGAAUACGGAGGUUUGGAAGCUUUGGUGGGCUGCUGCCGCCACGACGAACACAAUCCUUAUAUCCGCGAACACGCUAUCAUGUGUUUGAGAUUUGCAGUCGAGAACAAUGAGGACAAUCAGGGCGUCAUCAAGGAUAUGGCUGGUAUGGCUGCUUCGGAGCACACACGCAUUCCUACUUACGCCGAGAUCCCGCAUGGCAAGCUCACCCAUCCUGAUCAAUUGAUUCCUUUCCAAGUGCCGCCUGUACCGCAGGAAGUACUCGACACCAAUGGCUACGAGACUUUUAUGGAUGGAAAGGGUCAAGUUGGCUUGAGAAGAAAAGACAUCAAUGUCUCUUCUGGCCCGCAGAAACCUCGUCCCCAUCCUAAGAUGACGGCAGAGAAGGCCGCUGAGCUCAUGCAAACAGCCCUCCGCGAUCUCCCUCUUGGCGACAAAAUCCUUCUGGAUAAAGAGAAGAAGGAAGCUCUUGCUAAGCUAGACAGGGCGUUUUCCUAG